UCGGGAUGGGAGUUUGCGUGCAAACUCCAGCCCGGGACUAACGGCGCGGACCUGCAGGAAGAAUGGCUCGGCCGCGCGUCCGCGUGCUGGCCCUGGCGGCUGUGCUGCUGCUGGGCGUCGCCACCUUCUCCAGAUCCAAGCGCCGGAGCGGCGAGGAGCCUCCGAGGUCGUCGCCAAUUCCUGCUCAGUUCAGCCAAGAGGAACGCGUCGCAAUGAAGGAAUCGCUGAAAGGUGCCGUCCAGAUUCCAACAGUGUCUUUCAGCCCCAAGGAGUUCAACACGACAGCCUUCGCUGAGUUUGGAGAAUACAUUCACAGAGUCUUUCCUACUGUGUUCCAAAGAAGCUUUAUCCAGCAUGAAGUCGUGGGAGAAUACAGCCACUUGUUCACUGUUCAAGGCUCGGACCCAAGCUUGCAGCCCUACAUGCUGCUGGCUCACAUUGAUGUGGUGCCUGCCCCUGUCCAAGGCUGGGAGGUGCCCCCGUUCUCUGGGUUGGAACGUGAUGGCUUCAUCCAUGGCCGAGGCACACUAGACAACAAGAACUCUGUGAUGGCGAUCCUACAGGCCUUGGAGCUCCUGCUGAUCAGAAAUUACAUCCCCCGAAGAUCUUUCUUCAUUGCUCUGGGCCAUGAUGAGGAGCUAUCAGGAGCAAACGGAGCUCAAAAGAUCGCAGCCCUGCUACAGGCAAGGGGUGUCCAGCUCGCCUUCAUUGUGGAUGAGGGUGGCUUCAUCUUGGAUGGUUUCAUUCCCAGCCUUAAGAAACCCUUUGCCAUGGUUUCAGUCUCAGAGAAGGGUUCACUUAACCUCAUGCUACAAGUAAACAUGACUCCUGGCCACUCUUCAGCUCCUCCGAAGGAGACGACCAUUGGCAUCCUUGCAGCUGCUGUCAGCCGACUGGAGCAGAUACCAAUACCGAACAUGUAUGGAAGUGGGCCAUUGAAGAUGACAUUGCAGCAACUGGCUAGUGAGUUUUCCUUCCCUAUCAAUAUAGUCUUCAACAACCUGUGGCUGUUUGGACCCCUUGUAAACAGAUUAAUGGAGAGAGAUGAUAUAGCCAGGACGCUGGUCAGGACCACCACGGCAGUCACCAUGUUCGAGGCAGGGGUAAAGGUAAAUGUCAUCCCCCCUUUGGCCCAGGCCACAGUCAACUUCAGGAUUCACCCUACACAGACAACUCAGGAGGUCCUUAAACUAGCCAAGGACAUUGUGGCUGAUGACCGGGUCCAGUUCCAUGUGUUGGAUGCCACUGAGCCCAUGCCUGUGAGCCCCUCUGAUGACCAGGCCCUGGGCUACCAGCUGAUCCGCCAGACGGUGCAGUCGGUCUUCCCGGAGGUCAGAGUUGUUGUCCCAGGUAUUUGUAUUGGUCAGACAGACAGCCGCCACUAUACAAACCUCACCAAUAGCAUCUAUCGGUUCAGCCCCAUCUACCUGCAGCCUCAGGAAUUCCAUAGCAUACAUGGAAUCAACGAGAAAAUCUCAGUCCAAGUCUACGAGACCCAGGUGAAAUUCAUCUUUGAGUUUAUCCAGAAUGCUGACACAGACCAGGAUCCAGUUUCUCACGUGCACGAAUUGUGAGGUCCAGGAGCAGCUGGAUAAGGGGUAUCUGACACUAGGCCUGGACUAACCCAAGGGAAAAAGCCAAUGUUGAUGAAACUUUGGGUCAAAACCACAUUGUAGCCCGGCAGGGUAGCUCCGUUGGUUAGAGCAUCAUCCCAAUACUCCAAGAUUGUGGGUUCAAUCCCUGGUCAGGGCACA